AUGGAGACUAACCCUAGCUUCCGAAGAACAAAAGCUGGGCGGCAUUUGGUUGAGAAACAACGGAGGCAGAAAUUGAAAGGUCUUUAUGAUCAGCUCUCCUCUCUCGUCGUCUCUGGUGAAAACUCUCUGGGAAAGGAAAAAUCGUCGGAGUUGGACUUGUUGGAUCGAGCCACUGACUACAUCAAACAACUAGAGAAAAACAUUAAUGAGCUGAAAGCAAGAAUGGAUAGUCUACAAGUACCAGUUGAAGUAACCGUGAAAGAAAGUGACGCAGGUGAAACAUUGUUGGAGAUAAAUAUAGUGUGUGGAUCGGAGAACAAGAAGGUGAAGAUGCAUAAAGUCAUUCGGAUUCUUGAAGAAGAAGGUGCUGAAGUUGUGAGUGCAAGCUUCUCUACUGUGGAUCUCAAGGUCUACCAUACAAUUCUUUGCAAGGUACAAUAUACUACAAAGAGGCAAUUUAUGCCAUCGGCCAAAGUCAUGUCUGUUUGUAGUUAACAUAUUAUGUACAUACAACAAUUGU